AUGAUUCUUCGCCCAUUAGUAGCCUCUACCGCCCUUGUUGCUGUUUGUGCUGUCAGUGCUACACCGUACCGUCGCACACCCGGGUUAUCAGAACAUGAGCUAUCGCUCGCACCCUCCCUCAAUCGCUGGUCACGCGGAAUUCACCUGGCUGUCGACUACUACCCUUCGCAAUGGCCGGAGCAAGUGUGGGAAUCCGACAUUUCUCAGAUGCGAGAUGCCAACAUAUCGUAUGUGCGAUUAAACGAGUUCGACUGGGCCAUCUUAGAACCAACCGAGGGACAAUACAAUUUCACUCUUCUCGACAGAACUCUGGAGCUGCUCGCUCGGUAUGGCCUUAAAGCAAUUCUUGGGACGCCCACAGCAAGUCCUCCCAACUGGCUCACCGAGAAGUACGACGUCAGCUUUGUGGAUUACACCAAUACCACAUUGCUCUUUGGGUCUCGCCGUGGCUAUAGCACAUCUUCGACUGACUACCGUAUACUGAGUCAAAAAAUAACGCGAAAACUAGCAAAGCGGUACGGAAACCACCACACCGUAGCGGGCUGGCAACUGGAUAAUGAAUUUGGAUGUCAUGAUACCGCGCAGAGCUACGAUCAUAAUUCCAUCAGGCGAUUCCGGGCAUGGCUACAGAAUAAGUACGGCACUAUCAAUAAUCUUAACGCUGCCCAGGGCCGUGUGUUUUGGUCGGACCAGUAUACCAGCUUUGACGCAGUCCAACCCCCGUUUCUGCAAGUCUACACGCCACAGCCUGACCAUGUUCUUGAUUGGUACCUAUUCAGCUCAGACAUGAUGAUUGAAUUUGCACGGCAGCAGUCGGAAAUCUUGAGGAAAUAUGCGCCUACGCAAUUUAUCACAACCAACUUUAUGAUGGCCUUCGCCGAAUUCGACCACUUCAAGUUCUCGCGUGAGGUGGGACUUGACCUCGCAACAUUUGAUGAGUACCCCCUUGAUCUGAGCUCGUUUUCGUGGCUCUCUGCAGAAGAACAAGCAAAAUAUCUGCACACUGGUCUACCGGAUUGGCAGGCGCUGAACCAUGCUAUCUAUCGCGGCGUUGCGGGUGCCGCCUACAACAAAACAUCAGGACCGUUCGGCGUCAUGGAAAUGCAAACCGGCGUUCUGAACUGGAGCCCUUACCGGGUGUCUCCGUUGACAGGCAUGGUGAGACUAUGGACGCACGAGACAUUCGCAGACCUGGGUGAUGUGGUAUCAUAUUUCCGCUGGCGUCAAAUCCCAUAUGCACAAGAGCAGACGCUGUCCGGCCUAUUCACCCCAGACGAUACCACAGACGAAGGCUUCCUCGAGCUUCAGACCGUGAUAGAUGAAGAUCUACCGACCCUAGGGGAAGCACUCAACACUGAUCAAGAAGAAGAGCACCAAGCGGAUGUAGCUCUCAUAUUUGACUACGUUUCUUCCCAGGUUUGGGCUAUCGAGCCGUACAGCGGGGACUGGAGCCCGAAAGAAUCUAGCUAUACGAACCCAACUGUGAAAUAUAUGGACAUCGUCUAUAAUUUCUAUUCCGCUCUCCGCCGCCUCGGUCUUUCUGUUGAUGUGAUUAGCCCCGACCAACCUAUUCACGGCUACAAGUUCGUCGUCGUACCGAGUUUACCCAUUAUUCCUAAAGCAUUCAACCAGGCACUAGCUGACUACAGUGGUCCCGUUGUUUUUGGGCCGCACACGGGUUCUAAAACGUCUACUUUCAGCUAUAGCCCUGGUCUCAGCCCCUCGAAAGGCCCGCUCCGCGACCGUCUACCGAAGAGAGUCACCCGGGUAGAGACACCGCCAAGUUACGCGGAUAGCGGUGUCACAUAUGCGGGAAAGACGUUCAAUAUUUCAGGCUGGGAAGAGUGGGUGGUCUGCGAGCGAAAGAACCGUACGAGCGUUAUUUCAAUGACAUAUACUUCGUCACAUCGUUUCGGUCAGCCUGCCGCCUGCUCACUAGAUGGGCUGCACUAUCUUGGCUUUAAUCCUCCGGUCGAACUGCUUGUGUCAUACCUAGGUCAUGUCGCUAAGGACACGGUAAUUACUGAUUUUGCGGGACGGCAGGCCAAUAGUAGCAAUGACCUUGGACCUACGCUGCGGUUUGCGAAAAGGGGGACCUUGCUCUGGGGGUUUAAUUAUGGUUUAGAGCCUGCGAACAUUCCUGCCCUCGAGGGUGCUGAGCUGCUAAUUGGUGGGAAUGGUUCUGAGAUUGCAUCGGCUGAUAUAGCAGUUUGGAGGUUGAAGGAUGCAGAGACUUGA